UCUUUUGAUGAUAACAAAAUCCUAACUGUCAUCUCCUACCACACCCACUCUAAACACUCACUCCACGUCUCUCUCUCCUCAAUGACUAUCACCUGCACUCAAUCUCUCUGUAAAUCCCCCGCCUUUCUUCUCCCUCCUACUUUCCCGGGUUCCCCUUGUUUCACUAGGAGCCCCGAACCGAACCCAUUUUCCAGAAACAGAGAAUCCAAGUUUUACACAGAGAGAAGGAUCGGCAGUCAAAACAGAAGAGGUGGGGGUGGGAGUGUCUGCGGGGUGGUGGUAUUCCCAAUUGAUCCAUGGGCGCCCAGCAUUGACUCACAGAGCAUAGCUUCCCAGCUGUUUGCAGCUUCUCUGUUUCCCUACCUGGGUUUCUUGUACUUCAUCACCAAAUCCAAGUCUGCCCCUAAGCUCACCCUCUUCGGGUUCUACUUCUUGCUUGCCUUUGUGGGGGCCACCAUUCCUGCUGGAAUUUACGCAAAGGUGAACUAUGGCACUUCAUUGGCAAAUGUCGAUUGGUUGCAUGGCGGGGCUGAGGCACUUCUCACUCUGACCAACAUUUUUAUUGUGUUGGGGUUGAGAGGAGCUCUUAGAGAAGCUGGGGAUGCAGAAGAAGGAACAUCAACUCCUAUUCCCGGGUUGAAGGACGAGACCGAAACUUCUGCUUAGGUGCAGCAGACGGCUUUCCCUUAUGUUCAUUCACUGUAUGUAGAGUUGCAACGUCUUUACUGCUUUUUUUUUUUUUUUUUUUUGUGGAGUCUUGAAUAUUGUCAAUCUACAGUCAUAUAUUUGCUUAUAUUCCUACAAUAUCCUUAUCUUUCUGA